GCUUCAAAUCCGCUGUGUUCCGAACGGCGUUCAGAAGCACACAAAGCGCAAUGGAUAAACCAGCUGCGAGCAUUCCUAGUCCUUCUGGCAUAGCUAGGAAGAAUAGAAGGCAAAACUGGUGGGCAGAACGUAAAAAGAGUCGUGACGAAAAACGAGAAGGUUUGAGAAAGUUGAUGCCUGAUAAUAAGAUGCAGAACAAUCACACAACUUUAGUGGAACAGAACAACAAGGGUGGAUUCAAGACCAGUGUAGCGACUAGGAACGCAUUAUCACAGGCAGUGGUGCCUGGCAAGAUGAAAGUAGAGAUGAAAUCGCAAACUAAAUUAAAUUUCAAAACUGUUAAAUCUAACGCAGAAAACUCAAAAAAAAAGAAUAACAAGGUGAAGGUCAAAGAAGAGGUCAAAGAAGGGUUACCCAAUGUGCAUAUAGCCGGUGAGCAGACAUCAUCCAAACACAUGGCCAAGGCUUAUGUACUCUUUGUUGGAAAUCUUCCAUUCAACAUUUCAAAAGAACAGUUGGAAGAACAUUUCAGAAAAACAGGUGGUGUAAAAAUGAUCCGGAUUCCUAAGGAAAAAGGAACAGACAAAGCCAGAGGAUUUGCUUAUAUAGAAUUCAAAGACAGAAUUAGUCAUGGGAUUGCACUCCGCCUUCAUCAAACCACCUUAGCUGGACGUAAAAUCAAUGUAGAAUUCACUUCCAUAGGUGGGAAAAAUAAAAAGAGGUUGGAAAAGCUCAAACUAAAAAAUCUGUCAAAGGCGAAGUUCAAAAUGCCAUUGGAACACUGACCUUUGUUGUGAUGUCAGAUUUAAUUAUGUGUUUGUGAAUGAAAGAAUAACCUUGUGUAUCUCAAAUACACUUCAAUGUUAAUAUGUGAAACUGUGAAGGCAUGAAAAACUUUCCACUCUCUGGUAUUGAGGAAUAGAUUUCUCGGUGUAACAUCUUAUGUUCUGGGGGUAACCUGAAGAAAAGAUUGUUGUUGUUGUGCGAACCAAACUGUCCAGAUUAAGAUGGUUCAGUGUAUUGAAAUAUGAAUUGUUGAAUAUUUCUUUUCUUCAAAUGAUAUGAAUUCAUAAUGUAAGAAACUCUGUGCUGAUCUGGACAAAAGGUCUGUGACUAUAUGUGAAACGUUUGCCUUGUAUUUACUUCAGUAUUUAAACUGCAAGAGAAAAUAUCCACAAAUUUUCAUGUUACACAGUAUCUCAAAUGAAAUUAUCAGUAGGUUAUUACAUGUAUUGGGAUCGGGAUAAUUUAAACAAUGUUAUAUUCAUUUUGACUGUUGAAUUUUAAUCACGACACUUAUCUAUGUAUUGUCAUCCCAGCAUCUCUGUUCCAAAAUAAUUCAUCACAAAGAAACCUGAAAUAAGUACGGGGUUUUAAACUUAUGUGAACUUCUUUUAUUGAAUGAUAAUUUGAAUAGUAGACAAGAAGGCUUGCAGUUAUAACAAUAAGGUAGUUCCGAGUCUGGCCAGAUUAAUUGGUCACAGGAAAUAUAUCAAUCAUAACUGCACCUUCAGUUGUACGCUGGAGUCAGUCAUUUACAUAUGUUGUGAAAUUGAACUUUCAAGGCAUGUCUUGGAGAAAAUAACCUUUGACAAGUAACUAACAGCAUAGGUACUGUCAGAGCUUAGCAUGGAGAAGACAGAUUGAAUGAAGCACGGAAUUAGAUGCUAUCUAAGUCUGAUGGAAGUGUAGUUAUAUUUGUUUCCCUAUCCUCAGUACUUAUAAUUUACAUAUUUCUGUAAUACGUAGGCUACAAAAUGAAAGAGAAGGUUAUCUUUGAGCACAUCAGGAUGGUCAUUGUUGAGUUUUAAAGAUGCCACUUGCUGAACAUUACAAACCAGAAGUAGAUUUUCUUCAGUUGAAAAGCAUCUGCAUAUUUGCCAACAAAUAAUUAGGUUUAUCUUGUUAAGCCUUUUAUUUCAGGCUGUCAAACCUGACUCUGCUCUCAUAGCUUUGUUAAACAGAACUUCUACCAGCUAUUAUCCUCCAAUUAUAAUGUGAUACAAUUCAGGAUGAAUAGGUGGUUGGUACUUUGCUGGUUGAUUUGAAUACAUUGUUUUAAAGUACUGUGCAUUUGCUUCAUGUUACAAAUGUAUUGGAAGUAAUUAAUAUUUGAUAACAUUGCAUAAGUGAAUAUUGUGUAGCUGUUUUCACAGUAUGUUUCAGGUACCCUGCAGACUGACCAUGGUUUUUACCUCUUACCCUUACAACUUUAUCCCACUUGAAAACUUAAACUUCCCAUUCAAACAAGCCAAUUAUUAUCAGCCUAUUUCAUAGGCAGGUAUUAAAAGCAAGUUUUAAUCGGAAAGUAUUAUUUUAAAAGAUCUAAAAAUAUAAUGAAAAAUUGGUACAAUUGGUCUGGACAGCUAUAUAGCUAUGUUUGGUGAUUAUGGUAAUUUCAAAAGGUGGCCCUCAAAAAAAAAUGGAAAACAAAAUCGUACCAACCUACCCCAUUUUUUUUAAUCUUGUUACCUGAAACAUACAUAUUUUUAGCCUUGGUGAGUAUUGAAAAAUUUAAGCAAGGUAACUAUGCUACGCUAAUGUAUGUUGUUGUGGUUAUCAAUGAACUUCGAUUAUGUGUAGUUUGCAUGUUGGUAUUAAGAAUUUAAUACAGGUAUCAAUACAUAUGUGUUGAUUAACUUUUACUGAAAUAGAUUCAUAGAUGUCAUAUUUUAGAACUUUUUCUUUUUCACAUAUUUAUGGAUUUCCCCUAUAGGUAGAUAAUCCAUUGUUCCAUUAAAUGGACAUAAAAUAAAUAUAAUUUAGCUAGGUGCAACAGUAUCAGUUUAUGAUAGUUUAAAUACAAAAAGUGAGAAUUUCCAAACAUGUGAAAAAAAAUUGUAUCCUAAUAUGAAAACAAUUCUUUGUGUCAUAAAUAAUCAUCCAGAAGGAGUGACAUACCCCAGUUGUUUCAAAAAUCAGUUUUCAUUGUUGUCAUCAUUUAACAGAUAAUGUAGCUUUAGAUAAGAAACAUUUUAUUUACAACAAAUCAAUAUCUGCUAUUAACCAUACCCAGACUUUUUUAUGAUAUUCAUUUUGAAAAAUAAUUACAGGUUUUUGCCGUUCAUAUUCAUGUUUCUGUAAACUGCAGUUGUUUACAUGUAUUACCACAAACAAGUGUUUUUUUAGAUAUGUCAUGUGUCAUUAACAAUAGAUAAAAACACUUUAUAAUUGGAUCAAGUAUUCACUUUAAACCCUUUUUAUUUUAUUUACAGGUACAAUAAUGUAUGUUCCUUAAUACAGGUUAUAUUGACUAUGACAACACUUUAUUUUCAAAGAUAGUAUUUGUUGUUUGAAAUGAGUGGUGUGUCUUUUGGCAUAGCAUGUGAUUGAUGAUAUCACUGGCUGUCCAAAUUUGAAAUAUGAAAAUGGAUAUCUGAAUUCAAAUCCUGUCUAAAAAACAAAAUACGAAAUACCUCAACUCAAACUGUGAUUUUAAUUGAAAUAUGACUAUUUAUGAAUAUCAAUAAUAACUGUACAUUUUGUUGUAUGUGUAUUAAAUGUAUAUAUCUAAUAUAUACACUCAUAUAAUAUCAUUUCCAUUGAUUAAAUAAAUGAAUAUUCAUAAUUUAAUUGUAACAUCACUUUUGCUAGUUGCAUUUUCAAAACAUUGGUGAAUGAUGUAAGUUGUGAUCACAGUUCAGGUAAUUAGAUUUGUCCUGGCUAGUAGCGGUGUUAAAUUGUGUUUUGAAUAGUGGGAAAAUAAAAGUCUCAUUGUUGUAUGAAAAUUAAAGUUUUGGCAAAUUGCAGUUGAAUAUUGUAGGGGGAAAACAUGGGGAAAAUUUGAAACACAGAUUUUACAUUAUCAAAUUGAAUCAUCUUUUUUAUUAUCUGGAUACACUUACUUAUUAUGCCAUCUAAAUUGUAUUUGUUAAAAAAAUUUGAUGGCAAAUUAUAAGAAAGACAAAUUUUUAAAACAUUAAUAAAAUUAUGAGAAACUUCACAUUUUUUUCCGGAUGAAACUAACUGAUUGUCUUUUUUCGUUGACACUUGGGUAUAUUUCACCCAAUUGCUUACUCCUUACAAUGAGUGGGUUUUAUUUUUGUAUAUAAACCUAGUGGAUGUCUUGCUUUAUAAUGCAGACAGCAUUUGAUUAGUGAGGAUAUUAUUCACCUAAUUAGCAUUACUAUUCUUGCUGGCAGAGAUAUCUGACUAUACUUCAGUAUAGCUAACCUGUUGGACAGGAAUAUUAAUGUAUCCUUAAGAGGGGGUAUGUGUAUAUAUGCUGGUCGCAGGGAGAUUUGUUAGGCCUUAUCUGGCCAGUUCAAUGUUUUUAUAUAAAAUUAACCUUUCUGAUAUUUUCACAAGAGUUGGUCCUCUCUGUUCAGGACUUCAAGUCCUGGUUGUGGAGCCAACCAACAAUGAUAUACAUGUACAAGUAUUGGUAGAUUUAAAAAAGAAAAAUCAAUAUAAAAAAGCCUGUAUUAUGUGGUUGCACAAAGUGCCAUAUUCAUUUUAUAAUUUACAUUGACUUUGAUUACUUGAUAUAAAUAAUACGUUAACACAACUUUCUUACAGUAAAACACAUGGACAUUGUCUUGUCAUGAUAAUUAUCACAAUGCUUUGGCAUUAUGAUAUCAAAGUUAAUGUAAUUUACAUAUGCAAGACUAAAAAAUAUCAUAUUGCAUAAUUGAGAUAUAUAUGUAGGCUACAUGUAUAUCUCAAUUGUGUUGCUUAAAAAAAACGAAAAGUGUAAGUAAAUGUGCUUGUAAUCCUAUUGAAUUAUGCUGCAGGCCAAGUUUCUUCUACGAGUCAUUUGUAGUGUUGACCUCCAUGGCCACUGAAAGAUUAUAUACAUGACACAAGACCUGGUACUGACUAUUCCCAGAAAUUUAAAUGCUGAGGAGUACAUGUCUAUCCAGACAUAGCCAUGUCAUUCGGCAGAUAUCAUGACAUCAAGAAAAUUACAACAGUUAAUAAAUGUGCAUCCCACAUAAUUUGAGCAAAAUGCAUUUUAUGUGUGUACAUGUGUUAAACAGAAAUGUUGUUUGCUGUACUAUAAUAAUGUUUAAAAGAUUAUUUUAUCUUUGAAAAGAAUCCUUCCUGGCAAAUUAACUUGAUAACAUGCCAUACUUUAAGUCUUGCGGGUUAGUAUGCGUACAACUAAUCUUUUUUACAUCAAAGGUACACCAUCACACUUUUUUGUGAGUGUUUGGUGUGCUGAAGAUAGAUGAAUAUGAUGAUUAGAUAAACACAUGAAUGAUCGGUUGAUAGAUUCCUCUUCAGUCCUGUCUUUUAAAUGUCUUUUAAAUGUUAUCCCAUGCAAGCAAGUUGACAAGGGUAUACUUUUGUCAGAGUAUCGGUUAAUCUAAAGAGGAAAGAUCAUACGACACACCACUUCUUACCUUUUCUAUCUGUUAUUAUGACGCCUGGUACACAAUAGCAUUACCUUGGACGGUAACAUUCUAGAGAUUUAGUUUAGUUUUCCAUUUGAAAAAUUUGUUUGGAAUUUGUUUAUGAAUUAAAUUUUGUCUGAAGUAGACACAUUUUUACCUUCUUGACCAAUAUUUCUGAAAUUUUGGCACACAUGAUCAAUACUUCGGGUAAUAGUGAAUGUGAUUUAUUUUGUAUUUUAACUGUUUUAUUUGAGUCAUACUCCUUUUCCUAUUCGUUUUAAUUAGCCCAUGGCUUAAGUUCUAGGUCAUGUUGACCUGUGUUUGUGAUGCAACAUGGGUGAGAAUGAGUUUUUGAGAUCCUCUGAUGGAGGGAACAGCUUUAUUUAUAAACAGCAUGUACAGUAACUAGUGUGUAAUGGAGAAACACCAUUAUAAGUAUAUGCUUAAGUGCUUUAUAAUCAUGGUGCAUUAAAUUAUCACAUGUAAAUGUUGUAAAUCUGGUUUUGUUUUCAUGGAGUAUGUACUAUACAGUUUCCUAAACGCCUACAUCAGUACAAACUCUAGACUACAUCUCAAUAUUUAUACAGUUUUAUAAGGAAAAAUUAAAACAUCAAAAUGUUGUUUCCAAGCCAAUAUAUUUUUCUGAUCUCUGAAGAAAGAUGUAAUUUUGAAUUUCUUUAUUAAAAUUCUUACUUUCCCAUUAAUGUUUUCAAAUGGGACGAUGUUAAAAUUGUAAACACUAUGAAGGGGUUAAUAUUUGGGACCUUUGUUCAUAAAUAAGGUCACAUCCAGGGGUCAAUUGAAUGAUCAGUUUACAGAAUGCAUAUAGCUCAUAGGAAUUACAGGUUUAAAUUUUGAACAUUUUUACCUCUAAAUGAAAUGAUUAACUUUGGUUUUGUGUAUCUAACAAAUUGAUUGUUAUUUUGUUCUUGCCAGAAAUCAAUAAAGUUAAUUAAAAAGUUAUCAGUUAUCCUCAUUUUGUAAAACUGUACAAAUUUGAAGUACAUGAUUAUUUUUGUUUGUUUAAAACACUCCUAUGACUCUAAUUUGAACUCUUCACAUUGAAGAAUAAAUCAUUGUACUACU